AUGUGGGCGGCGGGCUUGAAGAAGAAGAAGGGACGGCCCGGGGCGAAGGCGUGGCGCGCGCGCGUCCUCACGAAGCAAGCGCGAAAGGCGCAGAAAGAUUUGAUCACGAAGUGGAAGAUCUACACGGGCGACACCGUGAAGAUCCGCUCGGGCAAGGACAAGGGCCAGGUCGGGGUCGUCCAGAAGGUAUUCCGCAAGGAGAACCGAUUGAUCGUGGAAGGGUUGAACCUCGUGAAGAAGCACGUGAAGCGCACGGAGGAGAACAAGCAGGGCGGCGUGAUCACGAUGGAGGCGCCGAUACACUACAGUAACGUCGGCAUCGUGGACCCGGUGACGGGCGCGGCGACGCGCAUCGGGAUCCGGUUCCUGGACGACGGCACGAAGGUCAGGGUCACGCUAGGGCGGCUCGCGUCGGGGGCGAUGGUCCCGAAGCCGGACCACGCCAUAGUGAAGAAGCGCGUGAGGGAAAACGCGCGGAACAGCAAGACGGGGACGCGCGACACGAGCUGGCAGGACGCGUUGCGGAACACCUACGCGCCGGAGCCCGAGGCGAGGGGGUUCUUCGGUGAGCAGUAG